AUGAUAUCCUCCAACACAGACAGGCCAAAGCCCGCAACGGCUAAAUGGGGUGCUGCUUGUUCACAGUGCUCUACAGCGAAAGCCAAGUGUAUACGGUCAAAUAACACGCCUGGAUCAAAGUGCGAUAGAUGUGAACGACUAGUCAAGAAUUGUACAGAGCAGGUUCAUCGACCCCGGAAAAAGAGAACUGUCAAACCAUCACGAACUGCUCAGAUAGAAGAGAGACUAAAUGGAUUAGUCAAUCUUCUCAAAGCAGGUGGCCUCACCAACGCCGAUCUUGCAACAGACACUACUUGCAUCCCAACUGAGGUUGACCCUACCACUGCUGACCAAAGGAAGCCUUCGACGAAAGAGAGAGAUUCUUCACUCUCUCCUGAGACAAUAGAUUGGUCAAUACCUGAUACUUACAACUCGUAUGCUCCUCCACAAUGUAUUUGCAGACAGGCCAGUGGGGUGGCCCCCCCUCCUCCGGCCUCAGAUGAGGAGCUCUUGAAGCUCUAUCGAAAAGAGUUGCAGGCUCUUCACCCGUUCGUCAUUAUCCCCGAUGGUGUCACAGCAGCAAAGCUCAAGACGGCGCGGCCUUUCCUCAUGUCAGCUAUCCGCAUGGUUACGUCUUAUCGCAGCCUAAAGUCGAUGAGGGCCCAGAUGUAUCAUCUGAUGAAGUACAUAGCAGACCACAUGCUUAUCCGCUCCGAGCGAUCCUUGGACCUAUUGCUUGGAAUCGUUGUCAUAAUUGCAUGGUAUAAGUAUCACUGCUUCAUGCAUGCACAGCUAAACAACUUGAUUGCCUUGGCCUCUACUCUCGUGGGCGAGUUGGGCUUGCACCGCAGUCCGAGUGUUCUCGAACGGACCAGCUUGAUGGUCGUGACACCAUUCCAACCAGCAGAAAGGACCAACGAGGAGAGGAGAGCCUUGCUAGGAGUGUGGAUGUCUCUUGGGUUCUUACGGAUAGAACCGAUGCGGUAUACCAAAUACAUACAACAAUGUCUGGCUGUUCUUGAGCAGGAAAGGGAGUACGACACGGACAUGCGCCUCGUGACGCUCGUGAGGGUCCAGCACUUGACGGAGAGGAUUGCACAACUCAAUGCUCCAGAUGACCCGGCGGAAGAAGUUGUUGGUCUACCAGCAGCACCAUUAUCAGCCUACGUUUCUGCGUUCCAUGGUGAGCUCGACAGAAUCCGAAAUGGGUUGUCUCCUGAGCUUCAAAACGACAACGCCCCUAGGAUUGUCUCCAUGUCAGAGUCAUUAACAUCUCCCACAUUGGGGGCUGCUUCAGCUCUCGACAUCUUUUACCAGUCAAGAAACGCCUUAAAGAAGUUCUUCGAUGAUUGGCUUACGGUCCCGAUCCCAGAGUUUUACAAUCAGACAACAUCAGUAGUUGCACAACUUGUUUACGGGAUGACAAUGCUUGGUCGCUGGGCCAAAUACACUGCCCCGAUUCCUUUGACAAAGGCUACUACACCGAUGCCCAAGGACACAAGCGCACGAGACCCCCAUGAUGAGAUUUACAAGGCAGACUCGGCAUAUUCGGCGAGUGUUAGCCCAUCAGUUGCAACACCGUCAGUGACGACGGGAAGAGAUUCCCAUGAAACCAGCCCGAUCUCACUCCGGGAGGGUACAGACCCGAGGUUACCAGCUGCUGUGGCCUCUCUUCGGUCACAGAUCCAAACCCAAGCAGGACUCUCCCUUGACAUCACCGGGAUACUAUCAGCGAUCUGCGCACGGUUUGAAGAGGCCAAUGCAUCAUUCCAGAUGGCGUCAACCGAACCUGGUUCUUCGGAUCACAACCUCUGGAGCAUGAGCGCCAUCAAAGUUAAGAUUACAAGGGCAAAAUUAGAAAGAUGGGCCGAGAUCGUCGCUGCUGGGACAGAGGCGCUCAAGAUACAUGAUGAGGCCCGAGACACGGAUAUGGUGGACCUUAACAUGAGCGAAACCGGACAAACUGCUGGCGCUGACGCUGUGGCAUCAUUGGGCGAUGGCUCGAACACAGUGUUUGCCAUGCCAGACUGGAAUCCGGAAGCACAGUGGGCUUCUGAAGUGCUGCAGGGGGUUGAUCCGUCGAUAUGGUUUGAUGGAUAUUUAGACUGGAGUGCUAUCGUCAUGAACUCAAUGGGUAAUUUCGAGCAAUAA